CAGCACCUUCGCGUAACAUUGCAUAACAUAGGGCUGCCUUGACUGAAGCAUGAGAAGACUUGUCGAAUGUUUUGGCUAUUAAGUCACUGGUACCUAGUCAUGUAAUAUAUUGUCGUUGUUCGUUGUUGAGCAUCAACUUUAAUAUGGCUUCUCACGGCCCUAAUCAUAAUCUUGAAUAUCAAGCAGUCCUAUAUAUAUCAGACGAUACCGAUAAUGUUGGACAUCCUUAUGAGCUAGGGCAUAUUCCAGCUUCAACCGGUGGCGGGCAGGACCAGUACCAUCGAUUACAAUCCGCCGACGAAGAUAUCUAUCAACCACAAAUGGGAUCUUACGAUAGAAAAGCAACAGUAGGGACGGAAUUCACCACUACUACGAUUAAAGAGAGGUCCCCUUCUGACUUUGAACGGACUCAAAAUGCGGCAACACCAUCAUGGCUUCCUCAUACUUUGCGGUGGCCAACACUUUCGUCAAUACUAGCUUUGACUAUAAUUCUGGAGAUUUUAGUAGCAGCCUUUCACGGUAUAUCAAACCGCGAUUCAGGACUGGUAGACGAUGACGGUUCCGGAGGGAUUGUCGUCGCUUCUAAAUUUGUACCUACCGUGCUCGCAGUUAUCCACGUUCUUCUAAUAUCGAUAUUGCUCAACGAUGUUAAACGAACCCAAGCGUUUGCGUACCUUUCAUCUCCUCAUGGUACUUCCGGUGAGAGGUCUCUCACCUGGACUGCUGAGGCGUGGUGGGACGCUCUUUUCAAGGGAUUCCCUGGCCGCGGUCGAAAAACCAACUGGGCGUUACUAUGCGCGUCUUUGGCGUUCAUAUUUGGUUUCCUUAUAGUAUCACCAUUUUCCUCGAGUUUAUUCGUGACGGAGGAUAUCGUUUUCACAUACCAAGUACCGUUUAGGAAAUUGGAUAUCUCUUCUUCAUUACCACUUCAAGCUUCACCGCUAGGCGCUACAUAUUUCCGAACGGUUGGCAACAUCCUCCAAAACGUCACGACUUCGGCAUGGAUCACGGACAAAUAUGCCAUACAACCUAUCUGGCCGGCCAGAGUGGACAGCGUACCUCUGGGGCCGCAAUUCACCGAUUCGAUGCAAACGUGGUCUGCAGAGACUACAGUAUUUAAUGUGGAAGAGAGUUGCGAACAGAUGAACCUGGAUCCUGGGGGUAUUUAUAUCGUUCCAUACAACAAUAAUCCCAAAAUUACCAAUUAUUCCACCAUCAGAAUUUCCUCUGCGUUGGGUUGUGUUCUGAACAUCACAGACAAAGGGAGUCUUGGCAACUACGGUGGCGCUCUCUGGGGCGAUUUGUCAAAUCUCAGCACCAUAUCCAUGGAUCACCUUAGCUUCAACAGCAAUUUGAUGAGUUUUACAAAAGCGAACUGCACGCAAGACGAAUAUAUGGUAUUUGUCAAUGCAUGGGGUUCUACUUUGACGGAAGCCAACCUCACCAUUGAAGGCCAAGCUUGCACAACCCGUUACUACACGGGAGAAACCAACGCCACUGUCGUCUUUAGCAGCGGCAAUUCCAACGUUCAGGUUAAUAUCAACGAAAAGCAGUACUUGUCUAAUCGCGUAGAAAUUCCCAACACCACGGCAAAUCUGUCCAGUUACCAGGAUGUCUUCCUUAGUCCGAGUUGGUCAGUCCAUUUGAAGCAGCCUUCCACUAAUCAUGUAGCAUUUUCGUCCGGACCAGCGACGUUGCUAUUAGCAUUAGACGAUUUCGAUCCUAAACAGAUAAUCUCGGAUCCUUCGACAGUACAAACUGCUGGGAAAAUAAAACAACGAUUCUUCGGGGAGCUUCUUCGCGACACCUUCGAUGACUCUGCGACGAACAACCCUUCUGAAAUCUCUGGCACUACAUCCGAGACUAGGCGACGGGUUGUUGUAGUACCUGCUGUAGCCAUUGUUCUCGAAAUUGCAUUAGGUAUACAACUGGUACUGUUGGCCAUACUCUUCUUCAUGACUAGACUAUCUAGGCGCCCUCUCGGUCUUUUCGCAGAUCCGGCACCGGCAAUGAGCAUGGCUAAACUUAUUGCAAAUGAGCCCGCUACAUUGCAGUCAUUCGAGGGGCUCCAUAGCUGCACGAUCGAGGAGAUACGGGCCGCGGUAGCGAACCAAAGAUACCAGUUAACCCGUGAUGGGGUUCGCCUGAUAACCCCUGAAGUCGACGACCUCAUCCAGUCUACCUCGCCAGAGUACAUCAACACAUCGCAGACUAUAGCCGCCACAGAUUCAAAACCACAAUCAUUCACCUUUGGCAUUUGGCUUCUCAUUAUAUUUACCCUCCUCCUUUCGGCCACCUUGAUAGUGAUCGCGUAUCUCUAUUGGUAUUCAGGGACGUACGGAUUAUACCAGACGGCUUUUGUAUACGCAUUUAACAUUUCAAUCGGCGGUGUCGACCUUAGUAACGUGAACCCAGCCUCCAUCGUUACCACUUUCCUCGCCGUGUUAAUUGGAUUGUGGUGGGGGUCGCUUGAGACAACCUUGCGUAGGAUCCAGCCUUUCCUAUCUCUUGCCAAAGAGCCAGUUGCCGGAGAUGAAGGUCUACUAGUCUCUUACAUCUCUUCGUAUCUUUUACACGCCGUUUGGAAAGCUUCUAGACGAAGGCACUUUGUGCUCGCCACUGUGUGUGGUGGUGCAUUUCUUGCUGAGAUCUUCACAAUUGCGAUGUCGUCGGUUUGGGAUAGAGAACCCGGAAGCGUGCCAUUCCAGGUUGAUGUUCAACGACAGCUCGAAUUACGCAGUGUCCCGCAUUUGUCAGAAGCUACGCUGCAGUUCACCAGUCACGCAGGCAACUAUAAACAGACUGCCCUUGCAUCUCUAUUUAGCAACUUAAGGACUUCGUGGAUAUAUGGUGCAGCUGUGCAGAUCUCCUUGAAUGGAUCACAGCCUGCCUGGAGCUCAGAUGGUUGGAGUUUCGUCCCGCACGACCUAUCUUCAGUGCCGCGAACAAAUGUUCAAAAUACCGGCAAUGAAUCGACAGUGCCGGUAUCUUCGAUGAACGUUACAUUGCAGACUUCUGGAAUCCGAGGACGAAUCGAAUGUUCACCACACCAGCAUUUGGACCUCACCAACAACACAAACUGGUUGACCAAAUGGGAUUUGACUAACGCAACAGCAUGGAAUCAAACACUUGAUCCAGAUAUUUUAAAGACCGGCUACGAGUUGGGGUUGAAUAGACUUGGAUCUAACACUUUGCUCUUCCUGGAUAAUAACGCAAGCGUAGCAGGGAAUUACACCACAUUCUUUGUGAAUAAUAAGAGGGUGUCGUGCUGCGAGAAUGUCACCGACGGGCAGAUUGGCACGAGUUCGAUGGGAUAUUGGUCGCCAAAUUUAGCGAACAACUCACUGUACCCGGAUUUUGCGACAUCUUGGCCUGCUAAUUUUACGAUCAAAUGGAUUCGCGGUCGUCCGGUAGAAGGGUACCAUGACAAAACCUCAUCUUCGUCGAGUAGCAUAAACGCACCACGACUAAUGUGGUCGGAGCCGCCUCAGAUGGCGGCAUUAAACUGCAUGCCCAUCAUCGAAACAGUGAAUGCCAGCGUUACUGUGAGCACGGAAGACAGCCAUGUCAUCAGUUUUGACCUCCUCGAUGAACCGCAACCAGACCAAUACGCGUGGUCGGACGACUUCAAGCAGCACAAGAACUAUGACGGGCUAUGCCAGAGCGCCGGGUGCAGUAACCUCUACAGUGUCAAUAUUACGACCAGCCACGGCAUUCUAUUCAUAACUGGUUUGCUCGGCGCCGCAGAUAUGUCGAAUUUUGUUGGCGAUGUCGAAAGUUGGAAUAUCGCAACCGAACCCAUCGACGACCAGACCUUUAAUAUUAGAGAACCCGGCCUGAACGUCGAUCUCAUGACAUACUCCAUGUUGUCUCUCGUCAAUAACGACCACGAAGCGCUCCUUGAUCCAGACACACUGCAACGCACCGCACAGCAGACUUUCACGGCCCUGUUCCAGAAUUACGCGAGCAACAACGUCUCCUUCACGACCGGAGGCUAUGUUUUCCAACCCCCCAACGAUGCCCUUCCGCCCGACCUUGAUACGCCUGUUGUUAGUGGUAAUAACAAAAGAGCCGAUACUUCCUCCCCGCCAUCCGACUCGACGAUAUCCUUCCAUGUACAGCGCCCCGUCGAGCUCCUCAAGAUGUCGAAACCCGCGGCCUGGAUAUGCAUGCUGAUCCUCGGGUACCUCAUCGUCGCCACCGUGAUCCUGACGGUCGCUUCUCGACGAUAUACACACAUGCUCCUACGGAAGAUUGAUAGCAUAGCGGACGUCAUCGUCUUGAUGGCGGGAAGUGAGAAAUUGCUUAAGGAGGCUAGGGAGAAAAGUACUGCGCAACUGAAGGGCGAUCGUGUUACGAAGGCAAGGUUGGGCUGGUUUACGGGGGCGGAUGGAACGCAAAGGUGGGGGGUUGAAUUGGUGGGACGGGACGAUGAGAAAAGAGCUAUGGACGCUACGCCUUAUGAUGGUCAUCAGUCUGAUGUUCAAAAUGGUGCGUUGCGUGGUGUAGGGGACACGCCGGAGUAUAAUGCGGACGGGGUUUCGCUAUUAUCAUCUAGUAAUACGCAUAAUAACCACGGGUCUAGUGUCUCGGCUCCAAGCCAGACGCACUAUUCUGACUCGACUGGCCAACACCGUGACGGUGAUCUCUCGCCCAUCUCCCAGGAUUACGGACGUCAGAUGUAUCACCAACAGUGGCCGAACACGCCAGAGGAUUACCCCGUGCCCCCUCACCUCGGAGAGCGACGCGCUCCCUCGAUCGAUAUUAACGUUGAUAACACGCCGUUCUCGUCAUAUUUUAGACACGAUGACGAGGAGACGUCGAAUCCAAUUAAGACAAGGUUGUCUUUGUUAAGGAGAGGAAAUACGCAGCGUAGGCCUCGAUAGAGCCGAUGGAAUGGUUAUAUCUACCUAGGUAGAUACCUAGGUAGGAGGUAUAUAUUAGUUUAUGUCUUUUUUAUGAUAUCAUGAUCAUCAGAGAUACCCUUAAAAUACAAGAUUAAGUAUUGAGAAUUGUCUUUCAGCUUGUAUGGAAAUUGUGAAAUUUUGGUGGCUAAAUCUCAAAGGGGAAGCAUUUGGUAUUCGUGUACGCCUG